UUAUAAAGCACCUCUGUCCGCGGCGAGCCACUCUUUUAAAGACCGCUGUGGCUGAAACUUCUCAUUCCUCAACUCACGUAGUGGAAGAAAACGGAAAACGCUCGAAAUUACUGUCCACCAUGAGCGAGAGACAAGGAUCUGGGGCAGCUGCUGGCAACAACAAGACCUCUGGAGGACAAGAUGAAUCCAAGACGGACGUCCCUGAGGAUUUUGACAUCGACAUGGAUGACCCAGAGACCGAAAAGGCAGCGGUUGCAAUCCAGUCCCAGUUCAGGAAGUUCCAAAAGAAGAAGCGCAAUGAGAAGUCCUAGUGAGCGCCAUGUUGCUCUGUUACUGUGUGUUAGCAAGUGGAAGCAACACACAGUGACGACGGUGUGACAUUUGCAUGUAAACAAAUUCAUACCUGUUGAAACUCCAUGGGUUGUGACGGGGUUGCGGGUGGGUGACUGGGGGGAUGCGAUAGCCUGUUAAUCAUAUGACAUGUUUGUGAAUUCUCAUCCUAAUAUUAUGAUUACUGUUAUUUAUUAUUUUGACUGCUUUAUCAAUGAAUACCAUAAGGAAUUUAAAGGAUCCAGUUUCUGUCCUGCCAUAAAUGUUCCAUAUAUCAUGACGUCUAGCUGGUGUUUGUGUUAGAAUAUUUUUUGUACUUGCCCUCAUAGUUACACCUGCCAUCCCUUUCUGUACUGCUGAAGACUAUGUUUCUAAACAAGCUACUGUAUUUUGUGAGUAAAUGGAGCAAGAGCUGAGGUUAGAGUAAAGUGCUGUUAGGAAACUUAGCUUUGAGCUUUUCAUUUACCCAGAAGCAUUUUUUCUUACCUGCAUGAUAUCAAAACUGUGUAUCAGUGUAUAUUGAAUAAAUAAAAACUAUGUGUGGAAACUU